CUAGUACUAUUCUUUCUUUGAGAAUUCUUAAUUGACACCUUGACGCCCUCGUUCCGCAGCGAUUUUGGGUGAUCUCCCUUGUUCCUGUGCUGUAUCAAGGAAUCGACAAGAGAAUUCAUAUCCGCCUGGACCGUGGCAUAAUCUUCUUGGACACACUGCGGGCGGACAAGGAUGUCGAUUGACCCUACCAAAUUGUCACUAUUUCCUUCUGAUAGCGCGGCACUUUCAUCAGAGCUUGGCCUUAUCCUUCUGCCUUCAGUAUCAAAGCCACGCUCUUUCAACGCGCGCUGAAACGCUAUUCGGACCCUCCGUGCACACCAUGACCGGACCACUCGCCUUUGCUGCUGUAGAUGUUGUGAAGAUACUCUCCACCAUAAUGUAGUCCGAUCACGGGUGGCAUAUAAAUGUUGAAUUUUGAACCGGAUAGGAUUGAUCGGAGAAGCUAAGUACCGGGAAGCGAUAGGAGAUAUGACAUGUUUCGGAACAUACCGCAGAGUAAACUGCUUUGUUGAUGCGAGAAACUUCAUGUCUAAGUCGACCAGGUAGUCAAGAAAGAGCCUUGCCUUUGUGGCUAGAAAAGAUGAGACUGGGACCUAGGGCACUGACGCUAGACGGUGUCACCUUCCCUUCAUUGUUUAGCAAGACGAAACCAGUUAUUCUAGCAGUGGUGGGAGGUAGCGCGCAGGUAUAUGUGUCAGAAACCUUUCAAGAAAUCAAAUAUCAAAGAGGUAAGAGGCAGAAAAGACGUAGGCUCUUUCUUCAUGGAGCUCGAUUCAUCAAAUUCGACCUAAAUCGGACGAUUUCCAUUUAUUUUUCUGCCAAAAGAAACAUUUGAGGCGGUAACAGUAGCCAAUUUUCAUUGGUCGACCCCUGUGGCCAGCCUUAGGCAUGACUCAGGCCGCCACGCCACCGGCCCCCCACCGAUUAUAUAUUCAGAAAAGCGUCGAAAUUACUUCCCGCCUACUCGACACUUCCCCC